AUGGAAUUGUCGCGGCAAGACUAUCCAGCCAUUGCGGCCUCCCUGACGCCGACGCAAGCCAGCGCCAUCCUAACAGACCGCAUGCGAUUAAUUAGCAAGGUUAACUUGGAUAUUGCAGACUGGCUUUCGGAACGACGACGGGUGGAGCAAGUUUAUGUUUUGGGCCUUCGCAGGCUUGCGCGCCGACAGCAACUAGAUGAAUAUGAAGCAUUGGGUGUGUUUCAAACGCCUUGGCAGCGCAUACUGUCCGCUACUGAAACAUUAGCCUCCUCCCACGAGAUCCUUUCCCACGUAAUCGAGACGGAUGCUGAGCGGCCCUUGAGAGAAUAUGCCACCAAAAAUCGUGAUAUGCAAUCCAUGUCAACCAUGCAGCACGAUUUAGCAAAUUUAGCAAAGGAGCUUGAAUCAGUGACGAGGAAAGCGGACAAACUAAAAGACAAGGGACCAAAGGCUGCCGCAAAGACGUCAAGUGCUGUUUCCGCGGCGCAGGAUGUGGCGCAACAGUGGGAAUCGCGAGCCCCGUUUGUCUUUGAGCAACUACAGGCUGUUGAUGAACAUCGCCUUAAUCAUCUCAGGGAUGUUCUCACCCAGUACGAAACUCAUGAGGUCGAUCGCAUCGAAAGAGAUAGAGAGUCCGCUGAGAGUUGUCUCAAUGCUCUGUUGAACGUCCAGACCGAUGAAGAGAUCAGGGCAUUCACUACAAAAGCAAUCGGUGGCCGGGCUCCUGUAUCGAGAAGAACAAACCCUCCAUCGGCUGCGUCGCCCCCCGCCUCUCCUCCGUGCCGAGUUCUGGGCGAUACUGCCUCGGUGACCGCCGCCGCAGAAUCCCUACUACCGCCACCACCUAGGAAUCAGGAUGAUAGGGCCAGCCAGCAUUCCGGUCAGUCAAACCAAGGCAGGUUAAGUGUUGGUCUAGAGCAACAUGGACAUUUAAGACUUGGUGGCCUGAAACGGUUAGGCACCGUCAUGACUCGCAGGAAGAGCAUUGUACAUCAUCCAACUAGGGCCUCAGGUUCUCCGGAAAGGAAGUUCCGGUCUCCAUUUACUUCGUUCCGGAAGACUGAUUCAACUCGAAGUUUUCAGCAAGUUGAUAUGCAAGCCAAUUUGGUUAAUUCGCUAGCUCCUAUUUCUUCAAGGGAUGAUUCAUCGUUGCAACGCCCGGCUUCCUCUCACAGAGAGGUAUCCCAUUCCGAGUCGACUUCAGCAUUGCACCAGCGACCCACGACACCUCUUAACGGUGCUGUUAGGCCCGAAGAGAGUGCUGUCUCGAAUACGCCUAUUAGAAAAGCUAAUUCUAUGGAACAAGCGCCUGCUACAACCCAAUCACCAAAAAUCGAUUCCGAGGGUUAUUCCGAGCGGCCCAAUAGUCUUGAUGAAAUAUCCCGAGUUCAAAAAGAAGCUGCUGCCGUCGUAGAGCCCGGCAUGAACCUGACUAUCCGUGACCAACCUAUUAAAGAGGAUGAGGGUGAGGCGAAAUUGGCUUUGAAUGAAGUGGCGAACACUUUACGAUUGCAAGCACAACAGUCUGGUGUUUCUCGUGGAGUUGGGACAUUGCGUGGACGUCGAGAUGUCAGAAACACCAUUUUUGUUCCGAGCCCACCAUCAGCCGGUGAAGAUGUAGGUCUGAACCGAUCUCCUGGCCUCACUGCCUCUUCAAUACCUGUUUCGCCAUCUUACGCGCCAAAGGCUGUCGUAUCUCCUUCAGCAACUUACGAUGACCACGCUCAAUCGGAUACAACAUCAGUUCAUUCAUCACACACUCUCCAUAACCUGUCAGGUCCUGUCUUACACCCUGAGAUGUCUGAGCCUGGUCUUAACGCAUCUGUAGUGGAAACUGUGAAUGCUUGGUUCUCCGAUGGUAUUGUGAACCGUUCUUUCGUUGUGGGAGAAUUGGCUCUGGCAUAUAAUUCCACCACGAACCCCCCUUCUGACCCUGAACUUGUCCGCCUAAAUAAUUUCCAGAUCUUGGAAAAAGUAGCUGCAAAUCCCGUUUUUGUUACAGAAGCUGGUCAUACCCUGAAAGGGAAGGAAAGGGAACAGGCCGCCAGUUACGAGGAAAAGAAAGGAGAAUAUCUUAUUUCCCUUCCCAGUAUCUCCCGAUCGAUUCCAACUGUUGCGUUCAAGUACCAAGUCCACCUUGAUCCUUCUAAUCUAUCCGCCUAUUGCCCCGUUAUAUUCAAUCCUGUUUGGAAUUUGGAAGAAUUCCAAGCGAGUGUUAUUAUCACCUACUCCAUAAACCUUAACUUUAUAUCUGCAACCUCGUCAACACCCAUCACACUUAAGAAUCUCGUUCUCACCGUCAACCUAGACCUAUCUCCCCAGGAAGACGAAACAACCAAGCAGCCUCGCGAAGUCGCUCGGGCCACGGGUGCCGUUAUGUAUCCAAACACAGGCGCUUCAUUCCGGCGCAAAAUAUCAGCCGUCACGUGGAAAAUUCCUGAGCUGGAAGUUUCCACUGAAGGCGACAAUCGGUUCCUUGCUCGGUUUUCAACAUCAGUAAGCGGGCCUCGAAAGGGGAAAGUUGAAGCCAAGUUCGACCUCUUGAAUGCCAAUGGCGGCGAAAGACUGGGUAUCAGCGCGCAGACUUCCACGGGUGGUGGACAGGAGAGAGAAGUCUCUGAUCCCUUCGCUGAUGAGUCCCUGGGAACGCGGAAUGGAUCAGUAUCCCCUGAACCCAAGCUUCCGUCGAAUACGUGGGAAGAAGUCUAUACUCGACGGAAAUUAACGGUGGGGAGAUAUACUUCUGUCGGGUAA